CGACACCAGACUAGAUCAUCAACGCGACGUCAAUGUAAUACCACUAGAACAGGAUACCAUCGAAUACCCACGAGUGCGAAUAAAACCGAGCUUCAACAGUAGAAACGAGAAUAUUCAAGCAGAGAAACACAAACCCCGACACGAUGUUCGCGGUACGCGAUCAGGAGAAUCUGGUCCACGGCCAUCAGCAAGCAGCAGCUGUGAAGCCACUCAAUCAGAGCACCCGCGGUCUGCAGCCCAAGACUCCAGGAGCUAAAUACCCAAAGACGCCAUUGAAGAUCCCAUUGAACGAUGAGAAUGCGCCCGCAGGGUUUGGCGGGAAGUCAGUGAAGGGAAAGGGAUUGGAGGCAUUGAUGACUGGAAAGAAGGGUGCUACAUUCGAUAAGAAUGCCUUUGUCACUCCAAUGGGCCCUCGAACUCGAGCUCCCCUUGGUAUGAAGACUACAAACGCCAAAGCAAAGGCAUUCCAAACACCAUCUGGACCCGCCCCUGAGAAAGAACUCGAAAAGACGCAACCGAAACAACAAACCAGCGCCCGCAGACCCAAGAAACUCAUUCACGCCGACUCUGUCAAGCUUGAGGUACACGGGGACGAGAGCCCUCUGGCAGACCGAGACGUUGAGUACUGCCCGCCAAGAACCAAAGACCUUCCUUACGAAUCGACCGACUUCCCAGACAACUGUCUUGACUACACAGCUCUGAAGCCCGGAAACCUGAUGCGUGGAAUCAACAAGACAUAUCGUCAACAAGUCGACGAGAACGGCAUGUCGAGAAUCGAACGAGAGGCCGAGGAGGCAUACCAGCGAUCAGCCAAAGCGACGGACGAGCGUAUGAUGAAGAUGAUGGAGGAAGAUUGGACAGUGGGCGACGUACCAGAGACAUUCCGCCAUCUCCGCAACAAGAAAACACCACUCUCCAUCCCACAAGACGCUAAGCCCGCCUCCCGCAAACCCCUGACAGACGUCAAGAAACCAGUUCUCCAGAAUAAAGGUCCUGGAACCAUAAACGCACGAAAAGCCGCUUCUGUCCUCUCCUCCGCACCUUUGAAGUCCGCCCCUCUUCAACCAAAGAUCUCCAAGCCCGCACCAAAACCAUCAUUCCUCUCCCGCUCUAAACCAAGUCCUGCUCCUGUCGUACCAAAUAAUGCAUCCACUAUGCGCGCUGCUGCCGCAAAUGCUGCUUCCCGCUCUACGAUUGGAUAUACCAAGGGACGAUCCGCGAGUGGAAUUCUCAAUAUGCAGACUUUCGCCGCUCCUCCUACCUCGAAUAUCACCUCCACCUCAUCCAACAACGACACAACCACCGCCGGCGCUGCCCUCCCCAAACCCGAACGCACCCAACGCGUCCUCCAGCGCAGCACGAGCAACAUGUCGACCAGCUCGGAAAUAACCAUCACGCCUGCGCGCUGGGCAAAAGAGAGUGAAGCACAAGCUGCUGAGUGGAGAAAUCCUGCGUUUAUGAAGGCGUUUGAGGUUGAGGGGGGCAAUGAGGAUGAGUGUGAUGCUGGCUUGGGAUCGGGCGGGUUGGAUGUUAGGGGCUUGCAGGAGUGUUUGAGGAGGGAGGAGGAGGAGGAUGGGGAGUUUGUUAUGGUUCUUGGUGGGGGUGCUUAGAUUUGUGAUUUGGAUGUUUGAUGGGGGCUUGGAAAGGUUGGGAGAUGGGAGAUGGGAGUGAGUGCUUGAAAUGGGUAUGGAUUGUGGGAUCGGGGAUACGGAGAUACUAUUGCUGUGUUUCUUUUGUAUGGUAUGCUAUUGAUUCUGGGUCUGGGUUAGGGCACGUUGGAUGGAGUUCUGGAGCGAACGCUGGUUACUAACUUACCCACAACCACACCUUUUCUUGUUUUCUGCAUAAAUGAGCAGGUUUUACUGAAGUCGGCCUCAAGACCACAUUGGCUAGGAGGGAGGAACCAUCGAGGCACACAUGGUAUUACUCUAGUAAUUGGGAGGAUAGGAAUGCGAGGAUUCUUGUAUGUAUAUUUCCAUACCGGACACAAAACACAAAAUUACCUCCUCGCAGCGGGGAAAAUGGAGAGCAUUGAAUAGAGA